UUUUAUCUUUGUUUGUUCACUAAGAUAAUCCAAUAUUGAAUAUUAUUCACAUUUUACCAUAACCCUAUAAGGAAUAUUUCCUUUGUACAUAAACAGCGAUUAUGAGAUAAGUGACUUACAAACCGAAAAAUAUGCGGCAUUAUCGAGUCCAGUACUAUGCCGUUUUGUAGAACUGCUUAGUGCUUACUGCAUCAUAAUAACUCGUAAUUCGCACCUGACUUGAGAAGGUAUUUUCUGCUGUUUAACUUGAGGCUUGAGUCACGAAGUUUCUGUGCUGGGUCUUCAGCAAAUCAACGCCGAAGAACGGAAUUGAAAAUCCUAGCGAUUACUUGGGUGUUCUAAUAAUAAUUUUGCUGACUAGAGCUGCAUGGAAAAAAAUAUUAUGCAUUAUGCUGAGAGGGGCGAAAGUGUUCCGGCUCAGCCGCCGCUCCUGAACAACCAACACGAACUCCGGGGGACGCGAAUCCUGGAUGCAAUCUUGAUGCGGGAGAAAUAUCCAGUCGCCAUUCCGAAAGCAAACACAAUGCAGUGCGGCACAGUGCCAAAACAUCCAGACGAAAUGCUAGUGGCAACGAAUACGGGUCCAGGAUGGGAUAAUUACUGCGAUGACUACGUCUGCUCAACAGAAGUUGCCAGAACAUCGGUUACAAGGGUUAGUGCACGGCUGAUGUCCAAACUCACCCCAGAAGAAAAACAGGAAAUCGUGGACUUAUUCGACCGCGGUCGCACUUGCUCCUACCUGAUGGCGGAGUUCGAUCUGUCCCGUUACACCAUUAAGCAAGUUUUGCGUGCAGCUGGGAGACCGGCGAUCCUUAGGAAACAGGAUCGAAAGAAGUUCAACGAGCUGCGAUUGAUUGUUUUGCAGCUGCUUGAGCAGCGCUGGUCUUUGCGAGAAAUAAUGCAUCACACUAAGGCUCCAAGGAUUUGGGUGAAAAGUGUAAUAAAGAGUGCCGGUUCACCGCUUAAAACACCAUUUCGCCGUUUGAUAUCUAUUGAUGGUUCUGCGUCAACCAGCUCUACGUCGAGAUCCAUAGUCCAGGAUAAUCAAAACACCGUGACCACUACGAAGCUCGAUGCUAUUUUGCGCGACUCACGCUCUGCAAUCAAAUGGGAUUCAGGCAUUGGGCGUCAUCAUGAUAAAGUCGGCCACGAGGAUAUACCAUUGCAGAACUCCAGAAACGAAUCAGGUGCCGGUGCAAGCAUUUUGUCCAAAAACCGGCAAUGCAAAGACACAUGCCCUGCUACAGAAAUUGCGGUGGAAAGAACAACCCAGGAAGAAACCGACAUCAAUAAAGACCGCAGCGCCCCCGGGAGCCAAAAGAAAACGGAUAAUUCGGAAGCCGGCUUCGGAACAGACAUCGCAUUCGAGCAAUGCCCUUUCGGCCAAAGACAACAAGAGGAAGAAAUUACAGAAUAUUCCAAUAUCUCGUCGAAUAGAUGCGUGGGCAGUGCUUCCGCGAUGACGGUGUUUCAGUCCAAAAAUGCGGUCACGAGGGGUAGUAGCGGAAGGUAUCAGUGUCAGAUAUGCCGUUUAACCUACGACGAAGAGAAACCCUUCCUGUUACAUCUGGCCGGCAAGGAGCACGAACGAUUCUACGCCGCUGGGAUUUUCUUGUAUUGUACAGCCUGUCCGUUCAAAACUCGAAAACCGUCCAAGAUGGGCCGACAUAUUACGAAGUACCAAUUGGAAAAUAUACGGCACAACGGCAGAAUUCCGCAUUAUGUUAAAUCUAACUCCUAAAUUGUUGAUAUUAAAUAGUGUACGAUUUCGUUUACUAGCUGUGAGAGUGUGUUAUGAUUUUCGGUUCAUUUUAUCAGUCCCUUGAACGCGCGAUGGAGUACUGCUGACGUAAACGUUUACGGAAAAGUAGAUCGAUCUCACAAAAAUCGUUGCGACUGACUCUCCCAAUUGAUUCUUUUUUUGAUUUUACUUGCGACGGCAUACCUAUUGAAAAUGCAAGCACUAGUAAACUACCCGUCGGCCCAUGCAAAUGUACCAGUAUUUACGAUAAAUUAGCAGUAUGGCUGCAUGUACG